AUGACACGUAAGAAGGCAGACUCUAAAGCUUCCACCCAUGCAAUUCAUGUUUCUUCGGAUACAGAGUCAUCGGGAAGUGAUACCUCGUUCGUGGCUAAAGAUAACAAGACCGGUAAAGAGUUAAAGAAAAUGAGUCGUAAAUUCACGGGUCAACUUGCUCCGCAUCGUCAGAAAGAUCCCAUUCCCCCCACGAAGUGA